AUGACUAAAUCUCAGGAGGAGGCCCGAACUUUGCUUGAGAAGGUUGCCAAGACAAAUACUUCUUGGCCUACGGAGAGGCCACCACAAAGGCAAGGCAAUCCAAGAAAUGCCGACGUGAUGACCGCCUUGGCCGCUAUGGCUAAAAAGAUUGAUGCUUUAACGAUGAAUUCUCCUCAAGGAGUGCAUGCGCUGAGAAGGCACAGAGCCCAGCUCCGAUCGAUCAGACAUCAUCCCCGAUCGAUCGAACACCAAUCCCAGCUAAAGUUGAAAUGGAGUCAGAGCCAAAUUUCGAUCGAUCGGACCACUGCAGAUCAAGCUGAAAACUCUGAAAAGUUGCACCAGAGUAGGAACGUGCAACCCCGAUUUGCAGUUGAGUUGGAUUGGCCUGAUAGCUCACUGCCAGCACCUCCAGUUAAAGCAUAUAUAAACAUACCUUUUGCAGAGGCUUUGGAGCAAAUGCCUAGCUACGCAAAGUUUAUGAAGGGAAUUCUUUCUAAAAAGCGGAGGUUGAAGGACUAUGAGAGUGUCCAAUUGACGGAGGAGUGUAGCGCGAUAGUGCAGCAAAAACUUCCAAUUAAGAAGAAAGAUCCGAAAAGUUUCACCAUUCCUUGUACUAUUGGUAGUACGUUGAUUGAAAGGGCGUUAUGUGAUUUGGGAGCGAGUAUUAAUUUAAUGCCACUAUCAAUAGCCAAGCUCAUUGGUUUGCAUGAAAUCAGCCCCACUACAAUGUUUCUUGUCAUGGCGGAUCGAUCUAUUAAAUAUCCCCAUGAUAUCAUUAAGGAUGUUCUUAUCAAGGUGGACGAAUUGGUUUUUCCAGUGGAUUUCGUUAUUCUUGAUAUGGAGGAGGAUUCUAAUACUCUAAUUAUUUUGGAGAGACCUUUCUUGCGUACGGGGAGAACUCUCAUUGAUGUGGAAAAAGGCACUUUGGUGUUGAGAAUUGCGGAUGAACAAGUCACAUUCAAAGUGUUUGAAACCACCAAAUACCCGGAAGACGGAGAAUCUUGUUUUCGCAUAGACACCGUGGAUCAUAUCUUGACUCACACUUAUGCUAUAACUUCUUGCCAAGACCCUUUUGAGACUUGUUUGGUGAAUGAGGAUGCUCUAGAGUGUGGUGAUGAUGAUGCGGUGGAGCUUAUGCAUUGCUUAGAAUCUAUGAAAGAGCCUAAACCGAGAAGGUUCCAGAAAUUUGAACCUCUUGGUGUCUUGCCUUCUAGACCACAACCAAGUAUUGUGGAAGCUCCUACACUUACAUUGAAACCUCUCCCGUCCCAUCUUCGAUAUGCUUACUUGGGUAGUUCUAAUACUCUACCGGUUAUUAUUUCUUCGAAUUUGAAUCCGGAGGAAGAGGACAAGCUUUUAAGAGUGUUGAGAGAGCACAAAAUGGCUUUGGGGUGGACAAUAGAGGAUAUUCAGGGAAUUAUCCCCACUAUGUGUAUGCACCGUAUUUUAAUGGAGGAGGACUAUAAGUCUUCGGUGGAACAUCAACGACGAUUAAAUCCCAAUAUGAAAGAUGUGGUGAAAGCUGAAAUUUUAGAACUUAUUGAUGCGGGAAUUAUUUACCCCAUUUCGGAUAGUUCUUGGGUAAGUCCGGUGCAAGUUGUCCCCAAAAAGGGUGGAAUCACGGUGGUGAAAAGUGAGAAGAAUGAAUUGAUUCCCACCCGGACUACUACCGGGUACAAUCAAAUCCCCAUUGCUCCGGAGGACCAAGAAAAGACUACCUUCACUUGUCCUUUUGACACUUUUGCUUAUAAAAGGACGCCCUUCGACUUAUGCAAUACACCAGCCACUUUUCAAAGGCGUUUCAUAAAGGAUUUUUCCAAAAUCACAAAGCCUUUGUGUGAACAACUGUUGAAAGAUGUCAAGUUUCAUUUCACCAAGGAAUGCUUGGAAGCUUUUACUACUCUCAAGGAGAGACUUACUACAGCUCCUCUCAUCACUUCUCCGGAUUGGAACAUUCCUUUUGAGCUCGUGUGUGAUGCUAGUGAUUAUGCGAUGGGAGCGAUUCUUGGUCAAAGGAAGAAUAAAAUUCUGCAUGUAAUCUACUAUGCUAGUCGCACUCUCAAUGAUGCUCGACUUAACUACACAACAACGGAGAAAGAACUCUUGGCAGUUGUCUUUGCUCUGGACAAGUUUCGAUCAUACUUGAUUGAAUUUGACUUGGAAAUUUGGGACAAAAAGGGAUCCGAGAAUGUGGUGGCGGACCAUUUGUCUAGAUUAUUGGAAGGCCGGGAAGAAGUCAAUAUUCCUAUCAAAGAAACAUUCCCGGAUGAACAAUUGUUCGCUAAUCAUUCCUCUCCAACUCCUUGGUAUGCUGAUUUUGUGAACUUUUUGGCCAAGGAGAUUUUUCCUCCGGACUUAUCUCACCAUCAACGAAAGAGAUUCCUUCAUCUUGUUCAUUUCUAUUAUUGGGAAGAACCUUUCUUGUGGAAGCAAUGUGCUGACCAAGUUAUUCGGAGGUGUGUUCCGGAGGAAGAGAUGAUUAGUAUCUUAAGACAUUGUCACUCAUUUCCGUGUGGUGGUCAUUUUGGUGGUAACAAGACCGCCGCUAAAGUCUUGCAAUUCGGCUUCUAUUGGCCUACCUUGUUUAAGGAUGCCCAUUCAUUUGUUCUUUCAUGUGAUGAAUGUCAACGCACGGGGAACAUUUCAAAUAGAAAUCAAAUGCCCUUAACCAAUAUCCUUGAGGUGGAGCUUUUUGAUGUAUAG